CCUGCGUCCUGUGGCACGUCACUGUUGUCUGUGGAUCCCCCUGACUUGUACCUGUGCCCCCCAGCAUAGAGAAGAGGUGUGGUCCCCAUACCCCUCACCCGGUUGAGGUCUGCGGGGGGCCGGCGCCGCACGCACCAGCUUUUCCCAGCACGAUUUCCUCCUUUGGCAUCGGUGACGGGAGCGGGGGCGGAGAUGGGGGGGAGCCCGGGGGAGACACAAAUGUGCGACUGCAGCAUCCUCACUCCCGGCUGCAUCCCCCGCGCCUCCUCAUGGUUGCCUUGGCAACCUCCUAUCGAUGGGGUAUUUAUAGAGGAGGCCAACGCGUGUUAGGAAGCUGGAGGCGGUGGGACCGGGACCCCGUGGGCGACUGCUAGGUCAGCCUCCAGCUUCAGUCUGCUCUCGGUGUGCGUGGCUGUGCGGAGACAGGAGGGAUGCUGCUGGCCUCGGCGUCACUGUGUGCCGUAUGGUCCAGCUUGUCCUGCUCAUCGGAGCUAGGGGAGGUGGUUAGGAUUUUGCAUGUGUAAAUAAAAGUCAGUGUCUGGAGUAUUGCCCUUCCCAGGGUUGCCUGUGCUUGUAGGGUUGUGUAGACCUGGCUUACUGUUACACUGGAAUAAACCAUCUCUGAGCACUGACACUGGGUGCCUUGGCACGGAUACUUGGGAAACAAUUAAAGCCUUCCUGACUUAAUAAAUGUGUUUCUUGAUGUGUGGUGUGGCUUACGGAGCUGGAGAUCCUGAUAAGUCUGGUCCUGAAUAUCCUUAUUUCUGUGUUUCUGUCGUAUUUGUUAAAGGGGAGAAUAUUCUCCCCAUGAUGGGUGAUAGUUGUGUGUGGGAACUGUGGCAACUUUUCCACGUGUGUGUGCUUCUACCCUCUGGGUUUGGGUCUCUUCAUGAAAACUGAUGACAAGAAAAGCAGAUCAGGUGGUCCCUGCUCAGAGCUGUGGGGAAAUACAUGGAUUCAGAGGCUGUUCUCAGCCCCCAGAACAGCUCAGAGAGGUGGGACUGUCUGCACAGCUUGUAAAGGACUUCUGGUAUGGGUUGUGGGGUGCAGGAGGUAGCAGACCCAUCUUGAGCAAUUCUGGUGCUCUGCUGCUUUCCUCCUACUUAAACUCCGGACUGCAGUUUACAAUCUGAGUUUUGCAAACUGUUGGAAAGGAGCUGCUCUCUGCCUCUGCACAUAUUGCCAGGCUUGCAUUGCCUCUUGGUACUUUUGGUGCAGGAACCUCAGAAACUACAAGAGACCUGAUGCUGGCAAGGAGAGGUACUAGGUUAGCUGAAGCAGGUAGGCAGGAGCCCCCUGUAGCCGAGUGAGGCAGCAUGGCAAUGUUCUUGGGGGCCAGGAACGCGCACUCGGUCCUCAAGCGCUUUCCCCGAGCCAACGGCUUCCUGGAGGAGAUCCGGCAGGGCACCAUCGAGCGGGAGUGCAUCGAGGAGGUCUGCAGCUAUGAGGAGGUCAAGGAAGUGUUCGAGAACAAGGAGAAGACGAUGGAGUUUUGGAAGAGUUACACCAACUCUGUCUACUCUGUCAAGGACCCUGGGCACAGCACGGAGCGCUCAGACGCUAUGUAUGUGGUGGUACCGCUCUUGGGAGUGGCUCUUCUGAUAGUCAUCGCUCUCUUCAUCAUCUGGAGGUGCCAGCUCCAAAAGGCCACCCGCCACCGCCCCUCCUAUGCUCAAAGCCGUUACCUGGCCAGCCGAACGGGACGCAGCCUCCCCAGGGUCAUGGUGUAUCGGGAGCGGUCGCAGAGCCAAGGCGAGACCCAGUACCAGCGAGAAACCAGCAACCGGGGAGCUGGAGAUGGCAGAGCUGGGGGCACAGCCCAGCACGAUGGCACCCUUUACCCGCCAGAGCAUUCGGCCUCUGUCCUCUCCAGACUGUCCAGUGCCACCCCUCCACCUUCCUAUGAGGAGGUGACAGGCCACCCAGAGAGCAGCAGUGGUGAAGAGACCAGCGUCUCCUACAGUGACCCACCACCCAAGUAUGAAGAGAUCAUGGCCGCUGCCCCUGCCGUGGGCAAAUAGUGGGUCUGCCUCCCUCCUGCCUCUUCACACACUCAUGCUUACCCACCCUCCCUUUGCUGUGCUUGGGACCCCCUUCAGGUGCCAGUUGGCACCCCAUUUCACUUGUACAAGCUGGUGCCAUCACACAAUAGCCUUACCCUCCUAACCAAAACCAGCUGUCCCCAAGUGGGGUGAGGCUGGGCUGAGGGGCUGGCUCUGGAGCCAGCCAGCCAUCCGCCCCUCACUCCCUGCUCACAUAAGUGCUGUAGCAGCCAGAGCAGCUUGUUCCUGGCUCAAUGUGGGGCUCUCCCCAUGGUGCAUUUGGUUUCCUCACUUCCCUCUCCAAUAGACAUAGCAUUUCCCAUGACAGCCUCCCUAGGGCGUUGCUCAGCCUUACCCUGCAUCCUCAUCGGGCCCUGUUUUGCUGCUCAGGGCUCUGAUUAAGAGUUGGGGGUGCAGGAGAGGUGCAGUUAAUCUCUGCCCAUCCCCACAGUUGGUGUCCAUGUUCUGUUUUUGGGGAAGGUUCCUACCUUGUGUGGAUUUGCUGCCAGGUGGGAGUGGGGAGCCCAGUCCAUCCUGCCGGUACCUGUAGUGAUGUUUGCUGUGCAGAGGUCAUGGAGGAGCAGUCAGGGAGGUGCUCUUGGAUCUCCUAGAUGCCUUUGCAAAGGUGGAAAGGCUUGUGGUGCUCUUGUAUGUCAGGUAAGUGACUUUGGAGUAGUGGGUCUUUUUCCUGAUGAUCUUUGCUUUCCCCCUGUGGGGUGCCAGCCAGCUGGAGGGCUGGCCACAGCCAAGUUGGCUGAUGGGGGUCAUCUCUAACCUCAAGCCAAAGGUAGUCCCAUGGCUUUAAGAGAUGGGGAUGCUCUUCUUUCCUGGAGCAUGCCAGUCUGGUGUCUGCCCUAGAGAUAGGAUGCUGGAUGUGGAUGGGCCAAACCUCUUCUGCUCAGGGCUCUUUGUCCUCCAGAGCAGGUAAAUGGGAAUGCAAAACCCUACUCUCCUGCAAGCCCUUCAGGUGGCCAGAGUGCUUGGUGGUCAUGGUCUUGGUGUGGGAGUGCCUUGUGACAGAAACAGCUGCAGAGGUGAGAGAUGGCUGACGAUGCCAUGAUCCAGUGAUGCCAGCGUGUCGGGAGUAAGGCCAAAUCCUGACUUAGGUGAUUGUGGUGCCAAGGCAGGACAGAAGCACGUGCUUUGCUGUGAGACCAGAGCAUCCCUUUUUCAUGGGCAGCUGCGUUUGGGGUCCAAGCAACAGCGCUGUCUUUUUCCCCAUCGUGUCUGAUGGGCUAGAAAGGUGGUUGUGCUCACCAACCCACCCAGAUUAGUCCAGAAGCUCCCAGUACUGCCACCUCUUGGUGUUCACCCCAGCACCAGUCCCUCCACCAGCACUGAAAGGCUAUUGUACAUCCAUGAGCUGCCUGCACCGGGCUCGGUCCCAGCGAUGCUUUCACAGCAGGUACCCUCAGCCCAGAGCUGAGGCUUGCCCAGCACGGCCAUCUCUGAGGCAGGACCUGUGGUGUUUGCAGCUGCUGGCACUUUUGUCUGUCCCUUCCCAGGCCUUUAUUCUGCCUUUUGGCCAUAGUAAGCUGGGGUUAUGGGCAGAUGUGACUGAGUGUCAGGGUCACAGCCUGGAAAAGACCAGAGUGAGACAGAAGGGCCCUCAGUAUCUUCUGUCUUCGCUGCUCGGUCAUUGUCCCUGCCGUUUGUAUUCUGUACAACCUGAUCUGUUUCUCUGCAGAAAAAGGUAUUUAUUAAAAAACCCUCACAGUC